CUUUGACAAUUAAAUGUAAUGAAUAUACCAAAAAUCCUCAAUUAUUUAUUGAUUUUGUGCAUAAAAUUGAACAUUGGUAUGAAAACAAUGAAAAAAUGUAUCUACAUUAUAUGAAUGUAUAUAAUCGUGAUAUUAUUACAGAGAUAGAAUUUAAACUUGCCUUAAAAAGUAUGCAAAUAUCAUUAAAUGAUACAGAAUUACACCUACUCUAUCUACUGUUAAGUCCUAAGCAAACCAAUCAAGUACAAUGGAGUCGAUUAAGUGAAGUUAUAUGGAAGGCAACUGAAAAAAUCUAUACAAAAGAUCAAUUCAAAACAAUGGAUAUUACAAAUGAAUGUAAUUGGGUAUUGUGCAAGUUUAAAUCAUCUAGUUUAAGUAUAUUUGGUAUUAGUACAGUAUUUGAAGAAGUUAUUACACUUGACUAUACAGGUUUAAUGAUUAAAGAAUUAAUUAAGUGUAAAUUAUCUUUGCUACCAACCACCAAAACAAUUAAAAAAGUUGUUAAACCCUCAGAAAUAUAUUUGAAAAAAAUUGAAAAAUUAACAAAAACUGACGAUAAAUAUUUAGAUAUCCAUGCAAACCAACUGAAAUCAGAUAAUUCAGCGUAUAACGACUUUUUUGCCUUAUUUGAACAUUGGUAUCAUAAAAAUUCGCGUCGAUAUAUGCGUUAUCUAUCUAUCUAUGGUCGUGAUUUCAUAACAAAAGUUGAAUUUAAAUUAGCGCUAAAAGAUUUACGUGUACCGUUCAAUAAUACACAAAUACAUAUUAUCUAUAAAUGGUUAGAUCCAGAAAAUACCGGUCUAGUUGAAUAUAGUACAUUGUAUGAAGCAUUUUGUCGUGCACUGGCUAAAUAUUACACCGAUGAAGAUGAAGUGAACACAAUGGAUUUAGAAGAUACAGAAAAAUGGAUUGUAAUGACAUUUAAAGCACCGACAUACGACCCACUGGAUAUGCCAACAUCAUUUGAACAAUUAAUUCAUUUGGGUUAUACUGGGAAUAUGUUACGUCAAUUGAUUCAUUUGAAAGUACCUCAACUGCCAUCGCAUACCUUAGUUCUAUUUACUGAUCCAGCACAUUAUAAUGAAACAAUAAUACAUUGUAAUCAAAAGCUGUAUGAUUUCGAUUUUAUUGGUGGUUCAAAGAUUACACCGACUGAGGGGACUAUCUACUAUGAAUAUUCAGUUGGUUAUGUAGAUGCACCAUUGCUGUUAUGUAAUCGGGAGAUGAAUGAAAUCAAUCUAUUGUCUUACAUGGCUAAUCAACAAUUGCAAACAUCACAACAGGAUAUGGAGCAGCAAUCGAUUGAUAAUCAAAAUAUUGAUAAAAAAAGUAGAGCUGAACAGUCACGUGAAAGAUUUGAAUCAUACGCGACAAAUUAA